AAAUACUCAACACACGUGUGAAUUCUGAUUGCUGCUGAAGUACAGUGACAAAUAGAGACAUCAAGAUGCCGAAAUCAAGACGUGACAAAAGAAUUUCACUGACAAGAACAAAGAAGAAGGGCCUUGAAACCAAGCAAAAUCUUAUUGAAGAGGUUCGAGACAGUGUGGACAAGUAUGCCAGGAUAGUGAUAUUCUCUGUAGAGAAUAUGAGGAACAGCAAGAUUAAAGAUGUCAGGAAUAGUUGGAAGCACAGCAGAUUUUUCUUUGGCAAGAACAAGGUGAUGAUGGUUGCACUUGGAAAGAGUGCUGAAGAAGAGUACAGGGACAACCUCCACAGAGUGAGCAAGCGAUUGAUGGGCAACGUGGGGCUACUCUUCACAAACAAAACAAAAGAUGAGGUAGUCAAGUAUUUUGAGGGAUUUGUUGAAGCAGACUAUGCCAGGUCAGGAAACGUCGCCACGGAAACCGUUGUAUUACCUGAAGGUCCUUUAGAAGACUUCCAACACUCCAUGGAGCCACAGCUCAGGCAGUUAAAUCUUCCUACAUCGCUCAAGAAAGGCAUAAUACAUCUAACCAGUGAACAUACGGUGUGUAAAGUAGGAGAUACUCUCACCCCAGAACAAGCAAGAAUACUGAAACUAUUUGCCAAGCCCAUGGCUGAGUUCAAACUCAAAUUAGCCGCCUCCUGGUCGAACAACGGAGCCUUUGAGGUCUUCGACGAUGCUCCGGAUUCCAAAUCAAGAAGCGAUGGUGAUGAUGAUGAGGAUGUUGAAAAAGACUAGUUUUUUAAAAAUGGCUCAACAUUUUUUGGAGAAAGAGACUUUUAAAGGAAGACUGAAUUACAAAAUGACUGGACAUUGUGAAGUAAAGACUCUUCUGUGCUGAUCUCUUGUGAAAGACGGAUAUUGAGAGAGAGAGAAAGAGACAUGGAGGUAAACACCAUGAUAAAGGAUAGGAUCUACAAAUGUAGAUCUUUGACCCUACAGGUAUUUAAGGGAGUUGUAGCCCCCCCCCCCCCCCUACCAAUAAUUCUUCUUCUACUGUUAAUAUUCAAAGGCCUAUGUAACCUAUCCAUAAUCCCAAUGAUCUGUUUGUAGAUUACUAACGUAGUUGUGUAUUUCAGGCACUAAGGAUUAACUUUGUACCCUAUGCACUGUAUGCUGUAUGCAUCCUAGGAAAUGGAUUGAGGCCAUGGGAGAGGAACAUUAGCUGAGGAGUCCACAUGUCACCUCAACUUGUACGAUAGCAAAAGGGCAUAGCUUACAAAAGUGGCCUUGAGUUUUUGUCAUUUUGAAAUGCAUAUUUUAGCAAGUGAAAUUGCUAUGUUAGCCUUUCAGUUACCAAAUUAUUGACAUGCUGUUCAUAAACAUAUGGCAAAGGAGAUUUAUACUAGAGUUGCUUAAUGUUAUUGUUUUUUUUUUUUAUUGGGGGGGGGUAUUAAAUCUUUGAUAUCAGAUAUGAUAGUACUUUAUUACACUUGUGUUGUAAUAGCUCACAUUAUUUUGUGUUGUAAUUUUAUUGACCUGAAGAAGAACUUUAUUAUGACCCUACUCCUUUGAAACAAACCUUAAAUCUGAGAUAUUGCUACUGUCUUUUUAUGUACGGGUAAGCACCAAAAAGGGGCGUUUGGACAUGAGGCAUGAAACAACCAUUAACUCUUGAUAUGCCACACAAGUAAUCACCCUGUGCCACAUUGUAUUUACCAUGGGAUAGAUAUAGCAAAGCAUUCAAGAUUAUGUAACCAACUGUUUCCAAUGAAAGUUUAAAUCUAUACCGGUGUUUAAAAAUUGUCUUGGAGCUAAUCAAGGCUGGAAAUGAGUAUUUUUGCAAAGUCAUUGUAUUGUACAAAGCAAUACUUCAAUCAAUUGGUGUGUUUUGUUUUUGUGCCAAAUUGCAUGUGUGGCAAACGUGCGUCCAUGCAGAGAGGCAAAGAAAGCAAGCUAAGUGUUACAAAAGUGCAGCGUAAAAAUAAAAUUGAGUGAAUGUAGUUAGCAUUACAUUUCUGUAUUGUCCAGUAAGUACAUGAAGGUCAUUGUUGUUUGCAAUCGGGCAGCCCCAAGGCAUUAGGUCUGGUUGUGUCCCAUGUGUUUACAGUAUAUCAUGGCAUACUGAAUCUAUUUCCUGUAACAAUGAAAGUAUCAUUAUCCUUCAUUUCUUCUGGCCCAAGCUAUUAGUAGGGCCAUCAAAUGAAAUGAUACCAUUAUCAUAAAUAAUAAAAUCUUAAUGUGAUCAAUGUAUAUAACAACAUACCAUGGAAUAAACCGGUUUUUAACUAAUUUAUGUUAAUUUAUUAAUGUUUCUCUCUUGAACCCUUGGUUACCAAAUGUUUGAUUGCUAUGCUAAAUGACAUCUCCAUGGAUGGAAUUCACAUGCGUACAUAAGUUGUUGCUAUGACAGGCAAGCAUGUGGCAAGUUUUACAGUCAAGGGAAAUUUUGUUUAAAAAUUGUGCAUAACAUUAUUUUUAAUUUUUUACCCCAAAAUAUUGCCUAUUUUCAUUCAUUUACCUGACAAGAUUUUCAUUGCCAGGGUUAUCAAGGGCCGACUCUUGCAUCAUGUCUAGAUGGGGGUUUUUAGUCUGAACUCUGAAGUGAACUUUAAGUACUGAUCUUAUCACCAUGUUUUUAUGAUUAAUUACCCUUAAUCAAUGAUCAGAUCUACCGUACUCAAUUUUAUAAGCUGUGAGGGUGGUAACACAUCUUACUGCCCAGCAACGGCUAUUUCUUAUUGUUUUUACACCUUGUAAAAUUUUUAUGAUAGCUUUCAAUGGAAAAUUUAUUGAAUCUCUUUAUUUCGAUAAAGUCCUGGCUCAAAGUCCAGUAUCCUAUAUUUGCAGGUUGCAUGCUUUCAGAAUGUUUGAAUACCCUUUUCUUUUCAAAUUCAUACAAUUUGAAUUCAAAGUGUAUUUUAUUUGGAAUUCCGAACGGAAUAACUUGGUAAUUAAUUGACAUAAAAAAGGUUACCGGUAUAUCUAACAUGUCUCGUUAUCAUCUAUAAGAAAGUCCAAAAGCAUGAUCUUUUUAUGUAAAGAAAUAUACUAUAUAGUAGUGUUUUAAAAGGGAGUGUAAGUAUACUCCUCCCCCCCCCCCCUAAAAAAUAAACAAAAUUUUUAGAAAAAUAUGAUACAUAA